AUGGAAAUCACUUUAGUGGAUUCUGUUAAAAGUGGAAAUCAUAAUGAAGUUAAUUUUACUUGGCAAACUCUGACAACUUCUGUCAUGGGAAUAUUAACAGAUAGUUAUAAUAGUAAAAUGGAUGAGUAUCCAACUGGUAGUACCCACAAUAUGUCUUUCAUUGCAUCCAUUUUCGGGGCUUCCGUUUGCCUCAAAUGGGAGCCAGUCAAUCAUGUUUACUUCCAAUUAGCAAAUACAUUUUUCUUCUUGUCUUAUUUGGCACCUAAUGGAAUGUAUGGAAUACUGUACCUGAGGUGCACUUUACUGGUUGGCUGUGCUUUUUUCGCUCUUUGGGGAUGGGCUAUAUUUUGUUCUUUUGAUGCCUUUUUGUGGAAUGCAACUUUUGUUGCCAUAAACUUUGUGCAAGUGUGCAUAUUAACAUACCACCUUAGACCUAUUAAAUUCACCAAAGAAGUUGAAGAGAUAAUCUAA